AUGGUAAUUGGGGGAAUUGAGAGAUGCCGGCAUAAAGGUCGAGCAUCUGAGCAUAAGGACCAGCUCUCUCGGCUGAAGGACAAAGAUCCCGAGUUCUACAAGUUCCUGCAGGAGAACGACCAGAGCCUGCUGAACUUUAGUGAUUCAGACAGCACUGAGGAUGAAGAGGAGCAGCUCCACUCUCUGCCAGAUACGCUGGAAGAAGCAAGUGUGGAGGGGGAAGAUGCGGAUGAGGAUGGGGUCCCCAGAGGACUGAAGGGGAAGAAAAGGGAUUCUGCUCCUGUGACCCUUGUGAUGGUUGAGAGAUGGAAACAGGCAGCAAAGCAUCACCUUACUCCGAAGCUGUUCCACGAAGUUGUGCAGGCAUUCCGAGCUGCUGUGGUCACCACCCAAGGAGACCAAGAAGGUGCUGAAGCCAGCAAAUUCCAGGUCACGGACAGUGCUGUGUUCAACGCCCUGGUUACCUUCUGCAUUCGAGAUCUCUUUGGCUGUCUCCAGAAGUUGCUGUUUGGAAAAGUCCCAAAGGACAGUAGCAGGGCGCUGCAGCCGUCCAGCAGCCCGCUGUGGGGGAAGCUCCGGCUGGACAUCAAGGUCUACCUGAGCGCAGUUAUACAGCUGGUGGCCUGCGUUGCGGAGGCGACGGUGUCAGCAGCUGUGCUCCAGCACGUCCGCAGCUCCGUGCCGUACUACCUGACCUUCCCCAAGCAGUGCCGCGUGCUGCUCAAGAGGAUGGUGGUCCUGUGGAGCACAGGUGAGGAGACGUUGCGUGUACUGGCCUUCCUGGUCCUCGUCAAGGUGUGCCGGCACAGGAAGGACGUCUUCCUGAGUCCUGUCCUCAAGCAAAUGUACAUCACGUAUGUGAGGAACUGCAAGUUCACCUCUCCCAGCACCCUGCCCUUCAUCAGCUUCAUGCAGCGGACCCUGACCGAGCUGCUUGCCCUGGACACUGGCAUCGCCUACCAGCACGCCUUCCUCUACAUCCGCCAGCUCGCCAUCCACCUGCGCAAUGCCAUGACCACACGCAAGAAGGAGACCUACCAGUCGGUGUACAACUGGCAGUUCGUGCAUUGCCUGGACUUGUGGUGCCGUGUGCUCAGCGCUGUCCGCCCCAGUGAAGCCCUCCAGCCCCUGAUCUACCCCCUCUCCCAGGUGGUAAUCGGCUGCAUCAAGCUGGUCCCCACUGCCCGUUUCUACCCCCUGCGCAUGCACUGUGUGCGUGCUCUGACGCUGCUCUCGGAGAGUACUGGCAUCUUCAUCCCAGUGCUGCCCUUCGUGCUGGAGGUUUUCCAGCAGGUCGACUUCAACAAGAGGCCGGGGCGCAUGAGCUCCAAGCCCAUCAACUUCACUGUGAUCCUGAAGCUGUCCAAAGUCAACCUGCAGGAGAAGGCGUACCGGGAUGGCCUGGUGGAGCAGCUGUAUGACCUCAUCCUGGAAUACCUGCACAGCCAGGCCCACAGCAUUGCGUUCCCUGAACUGGCGCUGCCCGCCGUCCUGCAGCUGAAGUCCUUCCUCCGGGAAUGCAAGGUGGCCAACUACUGCCGGCAGCUGCAGCAGCUGCUGGAGAAGGUGCAGGAGAAUGCAGGGUACAUCUGCAGCCGCCGCCAGGGGGCCUCCUUCGGUGUGGCCGACCAGCACGCGGUGGAUGCCUGGGAGAAGCAGACCCGAGAGGAAGGGACCCCUCUCAGCAAGUACUAUAGCCAGUGGCGGAAGCUGAGGGAGCGAGAGAUCCAGCUGGAGAUCAGUGGCAAAGAGCGUCUGGAAGAUUUGAACUUGCCAGAGAUAAAGCGGCGGAAGGUAGGAGACAAGAAUGAAGACAGAGUGGAAUUUAAAGAUCUCUUUGACCUGGACAGUGAUGAGGAAGAUAGUACCAUGGACUUCUCAGAGAGAGGGAUGCCUGGGUCCCCAAGAGCUUGGCAGAGGGUAGAGGAGGAGGAGGAGGAGGAGGAUGGCAGCCAGGAAGAAGUCGGCAGUUCAAAAGAUGGAGGCCCAGACACAGAAGCGGGCCUGGACCUUCGGGAGCUGUGGCAGCUGGCCCAGGGACCAGAGGAUGAGUUGCAGGAUCUGCAGCUCUCUGAGGAGGACUGAGGGCUGCCAGCCUGGGGACCUGUGGGGACUGCUGUGCAGUGCUCCCACCUCACCAGGCAGUUGGGCUUGUAGCUUCUUGGCUGGCCCUGAGCCUGGAGGUCAGGGCCCAUGCUGCGGGGGGAAGGGCAGUAGAUGGUGGAUGGGGCUUUAUUUUUACAACAUGAGAGACCAGAAAGUACCGAGCCCUGCACAGAUCCCUGGAGUAGUGGCCGUGGGGAUGGAAACCAGCACCGUGGGGGCCGUCUACUGCUGCGCCCCACAGUGUUGGGUUAGAUACAUCAAGCCUGUGCGAGAAGCUGGUCUGGAGUGGGACUCUGCCCCGACCUCUUGCCCCCAAUGGCAGGAUGCGAAAGCCUCGCAAGGAGCAGUCCCAGUGCUAGACAGAGCGAGCAGGCACGGCCGCGGCCAGUGUGGCAUGACGUGCCUCCUCUGUCAUUCUGUGGUUUGUCUGCAGGCACCCAGGAUGCAGAGUGCCCGUGCCUGGGCUCAGGUUUGGGUCCCCAGGCUGUCUGCACCUGGCUGUACUGGCACCCCAGAAAGUUCUGAAAACUCUUUUCCUCUUAAGUCACAUUUUCCUUUUAAAAAUU